UUCUGCCCGCUCUGUAACCAUGAAGUUGACGCCGAAGAUUUAAAACCUUCCUUUUCCGUUCAAGCUAUUGUUGAAGAAUUCAAGAAAAUGAGAGAAGAGUUUGAAAAAGAACACGACCUAAACUUAUCUCAAGUACCCAUUCAAUACCUUUCGCAUCAAGAUACAGUGGAACAAGACACGCCUCAUCCAAGUUUUCGUGGAAUCGUCAAUAUCAGCGAUCAGUACUUGCUAGGUAUUCUUCAUGGAUGUUACAUAGUUGAUUCAUCAUGGCUCGAAAAGUGUUUGGAGAUGAAUGCAAUCUAUCCAGAGACAAGGUUUGAGAUUGCAGGCGAGGUCACUUUUGGAAGAACAGGUGCGCCUGCUAAAUCAAGAAAAAACAGAUUAGAGGGAAAGAAUCAAAAAUUGUUCAGAGGAUUUCGUGCCAAGCUUGCAACAGAUGAUGAAAUGAGCAAAAAAUAUGAAAAAUAUAUUAGAAUUGGAGGAGGCACAAUUGUCGGUCAUGGAGAGGUUAUUGUCUGUGAUGAGGAGAUGGACUCUGUGGAUGCAGAUGACUUACAUGAUCAGUUCCCGGGCGAAAAAUUGCUGUUUAAGGGUUGGAUUGAUGAGUGUAUCUGCACGUAUGAGCUUGUCAACAAAGAUAAAUAUGUUUUAUAA